AUGACAAACGCGCCUUCCACGACGCGGGAUUACACGAAGCCAGCUAUCGAUCAACGAAUCGCCGAGUUAGUGAAGAGGAGGAUUGGCGCACGGGAAGAUUUACCUACGGAAAGUACAAAAGAGCGACUCGCAAAAUUUAAGGAAUAUCGUUACGCUAGGGAAGGAUUAUUGACGAUUACGCAUCGACACGUUUUAGAAACGGCGGCGUAUAUUUUGAACGCGAACGUUGAAGUGCUGGAGGAAGGGAUCCUCGAUAAGGACGAAUACGUAGAUGUGUUCAGUAGCUUUCUUGCUGAAGGUGGCAGACAAGUGAUUCUGAUAUAUUUUCAACCGAUGACUCCACCAGCAUUUGAAUCCGGACGAUGGACGCCGCAACUUAGCGAGGAGCAAGAAGUUAUGCGUUGUUGCAUAACGGACGGUACCACCGAAGAGUUCACAGGCAAAUGCGUAAUAGUUUACCGAUUAAAGUCAAAUCUCGAGUUCGGAGUAAAGCAGCUACUCGAUGAAACGUAUUACGCGUAUGCUGAAGUAGAUCCUGCGUCAAAGAGCGCAUUGGCGGGUAUAUCCGAUUUGAUUACGCGCUUACAUGUACGGACAUUGACCGCCAACACGCAAUGGGGAGAGCUGACGAAAAGCGAAACCGGAGAAAAGACGAGGGACGAUUUUGUAGGCGAUUUUAAAGAUUUCUGUGAAUUUCUUAGCAUGACGAAAAUAGAUCUGGAGAAUAUCAUGCGCUUCCAAGUUAAUUGGGACUUUUAUCAGAAAUAUUUGGCGCAACCUGAGAAUAUAAGAGAGAACAUUCACAAUGCGGACGUUAUUACAGCUGCAGAAACUGACGUCCAAAUAUGGAUGAAGACGAUGGAACGAGCUGUCGUUGAGAGUCAACAAUUACGCAGGGAAACCGAGACCGUAGGACCGUCCGCAGAACUCGCUUAUUGGCGACGAUUACUCGCUCGUUUUUCGUCGAUAAUGAACCACAUCAAGUCAUCUCAUACUCAGUCUCUCAUACGAUUUCUAACAGAAGCGAGAUCCAAAGUUAUUAAGAAAUGGAAGAAAUUGGAAGAUCAUGUUAGGCUGAUACAUAUUCUGUCGCAAGACAACGUGAAAUAUCUGUACGCACUGGAAAAAUUCACGCAACCAUUAUACAGAUUGGAUCCGACGAAAAUAGGAGAUUGCUUACCUGCGCUCAUGUACGCUAUAAGAAUGAUUUAUGCUACAUCACGAUUUUUUAACACGAGAAAGAUGGUGACCGCUAUCUAUGUCAAGAUAACAAAUCAGAUGAUAUUGGCGUGUAAAGCGUACCUGACGGAAAAUGGUACAAUAAGUAUUUGGAACGAAUCGAAGUAUACCAUGAUAUCUAAGAUAAAGAACUGUAUCAAGCUAUGCGAGACAUAUCACAACUGUUACGACGAUAUGUGUAAGAAGGUCGAGGAAUCGCCGGACGAAAAAUCAUUCGAGUUAUCCGAGAUGUAUGUUUUCGGGAAGUUCGCUGCUUUUAAGAUGAGAAUAAUAAAGAAGUACGACCCGUUGAAUCACAGGAAACCGUAUUUCGAAGUCGAUUACGACGAGUACAAAAAGAGCGUUGCGGAGACCGAUGUGGAGCUCAGAGCAUUUUUCUACAAUCGCGUCUCCCUUGUACCGAGUAUAUCGCAGGCUUUAGAGCUGAUAGCCAGAUUCGAGAAGUUAAAUCUGAAGCAAUUGAGGAUCGACAGGAAGUAUUUGGAACUCAUCGCAAUGUACCAGCAAGAAAUUGAAGACGUUCGCGACAGGUACAACGAGGAUCGGUCCAAUCCACCUGUGCCGAGAAGCAUUCCGCCGAUCGCCGGUCGAAUCUUGUGGAUUCGGCAGUUGUACAAACUGAUUACGUGGUCGUCAUUAAAGAUCUCUCAAGUAUGUGCUGAUAUAAAAAAGGCGAUACAUGAUAUGCAAAUAUUCGUCAAGGAAGUGCGAGAUAUGAAGGAAGCGCGGGUGGACGAAGUGCUGGAAUGCAUUGCGGAAAUGAUGAUCCUGCAAUUGGAUAACUAUCCGAAAAAUCCGGAGCAAUUCUUAGCCGAUAACCUGGCUUUUAGAGAUAAAAUCGCGACUGAUCUGGAAAUCAAGUCCGCCGCGGCGGAAAGAGCUGUUAUCAUGAUUAUCAACCAGUUCAUGGAUCAUGUGACUGAUCCUAUCGUGCAAGACGUCAAGUACAAUUGGAUGGAUCCCGAGAAAGUGCACAAGCAAGUGGGAUCUGAAACCAAAUUAACAGAAGGAUUCGAACCAGGCUUCAGUCCUGUCGAGAGGACCGUGAGAAUCAAUCAAGUGCACCACGAUUGUAUGGAACUCUUUGCAUAUUUCAAUAACAAAUUGGUCGAGGCUUUAGUGAAGUGCACUAAAACUUCUCUGGAUUUAUUGAAGAUGAAGGCGGAAAGUCUGAACGCAUUGAUGGAGGAUAUUCCGGUAGAAGAGCAAGAACCUCCGAUCAUGGUAACGAGCUUUGUUCUACAAAUACCGAAUAUCGUCAUCAUUCCAACGAUAGAAGAAUUACAACACUAUUUCGGCAAAGUUAUAACGAAUGUUAUAGAAACGCACAAAAAAGUGGUUGUGUGGGGCCAACGAUAUUUCUCAAUAAACAUGAAAACGGAGCCGUUUAGAAGUACAGAUUCCUUCAACACCUAUUUCCAACACAUAUCCGAUCAUAAAGAAAUAAUUCGCUGCUCGAUGAGUUUGCAAGGUAUAAUAUUAUCGCUGAGGAAUGACGUCUCCAGAGUCGGUCAGGUGUAUUUAAGAUAUUCUUAUAUAUGGGCGGAAAAUAGAAAUGAUAUAAUACAAAAGUUUGUCGACUCCGCGCCUCUUAUACAAGAAAUCAAAGAGAAAUUUGUGGAAUACGAGAAUCUAAUGAGAGAAAUUGAAAAUUUGCCUGAUUAUCAUGUGGUCGGUCCGCUUCACAUUAAUAUGGAUAAGUUAAAAUUAGCGUUUUACGUUGAAGCAAGUGCAUGGAAGAAAUCAUUGGGCGUCAUUUUGUCAAAGAGAUAUAAAGAAAAAUUACAGAACAUAACAGACUAUAUUCAAGAGAAAAAUAAAAUUCUGUCUAGAAAUAUUAAAGAUUUAGAAGAUGUUAGGGUUGCAAUGAAAUGCUUGGGAGAGAUACGGAAUGACUUUAUAAUGCUAGACAUGGAACUGAUUUUAAUUGAAGAGACUUACACGUUGAUGGGAAAAUUUGAUAUCGACAUAUCCAAGGAGGAGCACGAUAUAGUAGACGGAUUAAGAUAUAACUUCAGCAACAUGCUCCAUAUGGCAAAAGGAGUUCAAGCAGUUAUAUGUGAAAUGCAAGAGCCAUUGAGAAGGGAACUUGUCGGAGGAGUCGCAGUUCUCAAAAAGAACGUGAACGAAUUUGACAUCGAUUUCGAACUUGACGGUCCGAUGGUCGAAGGGAUACCUGCAAAAGAAGCCAGUGAACGGCUCAUCCUGUUUCAAGCACGUUUCGAAGUAUUGUGGGAAAGAUACGAAACUUACAGCAGCGGCGAGAGCUUAUUCGGCAUGGAGGUGACGGAAUAUCCAGUUCUACAACAAAGAAAGAGAGAGAUUAAUUUAUUACAGAAGUUGUACACAUUGUACUUGCAAGUUAUGCGCACUAUCGAUAGCUACUAUGAUAUUCCGUGGACUGAGCUUGAUAUAGAGUCAAUUGUGAUCGAAUUGGCUGAGUUCCAAAACAAAUGUCGCAGAUUACCCAAAGCCAUGAGAGAUUGGCCGGCGUAUAUCGACCUCAGGAAGAAAAUCGACGAUUUUAACGAGAUGUGCCCGUUAUUGGAAAUGAUGGCGCACAAAGCUAUGAAAGAGAGACACUGGGAAAGGAUGUCUGCCCUGUGUAAAUAUUUCUUCGACGUGGAAUCCGUAACUUUUACCUUGGCGCACGUUAUGCAAGCACCUCUGUUGAAGUACAAAGAUGACGUGGAGGAUAUAUGUGUUAGCGCGGUGAAAGAGCAAGAUAUCGAAACCAAACUGAGGCAGAUAAUUGCCGAUUGGACGGUUGUAAAUCUGCAAUUUGCCAACUUCAAGCAAAGAGGCGAACUACUGCUGAAGGGUGUCGAGACGGCUGAGAUAAUAGCGCAACUUGAAGACAGUUUGAUGAUCAUAAGUUCUCUGCUGGCAAAUCGUUAUAACGCGCCAUUCAAGAAAGAGAUUCAAUUAUGGCAGACUAAGCUCAGCAACACGUCUGAGAUAUUGGCAAAAUGGUUGACCGUGCAGAAUCUAUGGGCUUAUCUGGAAGCGGUGUUUAUCGGCGGUGACAUAUCGAAGCAACUGCCUACCGAAGCGAAGCGUUUCAAUACCAUCGAUAAGGCUUGGGUCAAGCUCAUGCUUCGCGCCCAUGAGAAAUUGAACGCGGUGGAGACGUGUACCGAGGAUGAAACCAUGAGCCAAUUUUUACCUCAUUUGUUGGAGCAAUUAGAAUCUUGCCAGAAAUCUCUCAGCGGCUAUUUGGAGACCAAGCGUACUAUUUUCCCAAGAUUCUGCUUCAUAUCGGAUCCUACUUUGCUGGAGAUACUCGGCCAAGCCGCUGACUGCCACACGAUACAGAAUUAUCUCGAUGGAUUUUUCGACAAUAUAGCGAAGUUAAGCUUCUCCGAGAAAGAAUAUGAGAAAAUUCUAGAGAUGCAUUCGCGAGAAGAUGAGAGGAUAGUGCUAGAGAAAGAAGUCGUGUGUACAGGAGGCGUAGAGAAUUGGUUGAACACUUUGUUAACGGUCCAUCAGCAGUCCGUUGGUGCUGUUAUCUCAUCAGGAUUACAAUCGCUUUAUACGGCUGAAUUUGAUAUUCUGUCAUUAAUAGAAAACUCCAUCUUACAAGUCGGCUUAUUAGCGUUGCAAAUUUCAUGGACGCGCGAUUCCGAGAUCGCGGUAACGACGGCUAAACGCGACAGAACGAUCAUGAAACGGACUAAUCAGUGGUUUCUGGACUUACUCAACAGUCUCAUAGAAGCAACCGUCAAAGAUCUUACGAAGUAUGCCAGGGUGAAAGACAUAUUCGACGAGCUGUGUCGUCUUCGAGUACGAAGUAUACACGACUUCGAAUGGUUGAAGCAGUGUCGUUUCUAUUACGAUGACGAUACGGAGCAAGUCCCGGUCAGGAUAACCGACGUGGAAUUCGCUUAUCAAAAUGAAUUUCUGGGUUGUACAGAUCGUCUCGCGAUCACACCGCUCACUGACAGAUGUUACAUAACUCUCGCGCAGGCCAUGGGAAUGAACUUUGGCGGAGCACCAGCAGGCCCGGCCGGUACGGGUAAAACGGAAACAACGAAGGACAUGGGGAAAGCGCUGGGAAAAUACGUAGUGGUUUUUAAUUGUUCCGAUCAGAUGGAUUUUCGAGGUUUAGGCAGGAUAUUUAAAGGUCUUGCGCAGUCCGGCUCUUGGGGAUGCUUCGACGAAUUUAAUCGAAUCGAUCUACCGGUGUUGUCCGUUGCCGCGCAACAAAUAGCGAUUGUGCUUAACGCGCGCAAAGAGCGGAAGCUGAGCUUUUUGUUCAGUGACGGCGAAACAUAUAAGCUCAACUAUGAAUUUGGAAUAUUUAUUACGAUGAAUCCCGGAUACGCCGGCCGGCAAGAAUUACCCGAAAAUUUGAAAAUACAAUUCAGGAGUGUUGCCAUGAUGGUUCCCGACAGACAAAUCAUAAUGCGAGUAAAACUCGCGGCAUGCGGCUUCAAAGAGAACGUGAUAUUAUCGCGGAAGUUUUUCACAUUGUAUAAAUUAUGUGAGGAGCAGCUUAGCAAACAGGUUCAUUACGAUUUCGGAUUGAGAAACAUUUUGUCGUGUCUGCGAACACUCGGCGCUCAAAAACGCGCGCAUCCUACCGAUUCCGAGGAAACGACUCUCAUGAGAGUGUUACGAGAUAUGAACUUGUCCAAAUUAGUGGACGAGGAUGAACCGCUAUUUAUGUCGCUUAUUGAAGACAUGUUCCCGGGAAUAAAGUUGACGACUCAGACGUACAAGGAAUUACAGAAAGGAAUAGCUAACGCUACGGAUGCCCUCGGCAUAAUGAAUCAUAGAGAAUGGAACUUAAAAACCGUGCAGUUGUACGAGACAUCGCUUGUUCGGCAUGGUCUAAUGGUUCUCGGACCAACGGGAUCUGGUAAGACGCACUGUAUGUGGGCGCUAAUGAGAGCUCUAACGGAGAUGGGUUUGCCGCACAAGGAAAUUAGACUAAAUCCAAAAGCGAUAACCGCGUCCCAAAUGUUUGGAAGACUCGAUGUGGCAACGAACGAUUGGGCCGACGGUAUAUUCUCCAUUAUAUGGCGUAGAUCAACGCAAACGAAGAAGACGGAAAAUCUAUGGAUAGUGUUGGACGGCCCGGUCGAUGCGGUAUGGAUCGAGAAUCUGAAUUCGGUUCUGGACGACAAUAAAACGUUAACGCUAGCGAACGGAGAUCGCAUAAUAAUGGCGCCGAAUACCAAGCUGGUGUUUGAGCCUGACAAUGUGGACAAUGCGUCACCGGCGACGAUAUCGCGCAUGGGGAUGGUCUUUGUCAGUGCUUCCGUGUUAAAAUGGAGUUCAAUUUUAGAGGGUUGGCUAAAAAAAUGCUCCCCCAACGAGGCUGAUAUAUUACGGACAUUAUUCCACAAAAUAUACGGGGAUACGCACACGUUUGUUCAAACAAAGCUCCAGACGAAAAUGACGCUUUUAGAAGCGCUCUAUAUACGGCAAUGCAUCGAUCUAUUGGAAGGUCUAAAUGUCGGGAAUUCCGAUCCCAUCAAAAUAUUGCCCGAGCAUCAUGUCGAGAAGCUUUUCCUAUUUUCGCUCAUGUGGAGUUUGGGCGCGGUAUUGGAGCUCGACGCGCGAUUUGCGUUGCAAGAAUUCCUUAUAAAUCAUGAAUCAAAUUGUAACUGGCCCAAGUGCACGGAAGAUGAAACGAUUUUCGAGUAUCUCGUAUCCGACGACGGGAGGUGGAUACAUUGGAACGAAAUGGUGCCGGAAUUCAAAUACCCCUCGGAUCGUGUCUUGGAGUACCAUACUAUCCUCGUUCCUAAUGUCGAUAACACGAGGACCUUAUUUUUAUUAGAUAUUAUAGCGAAACAAGGAAAAGCGGCACUUUUGAUAGGAGAACAGGGUACCGCAAAAACCGUAAUGAUAAAAAGCUACAUGUCUAGAUACGACCCCGAAUACCACUUAAACAAGUCGUUCAACUUCUCUUCAGCGUCCACACCUAAUAUGGUUCAGCGCGUGUUCGAGAGCUAUGUGGAAAAGCGAGUAGGCACCACUUACGGACCUCCUGGUGGUCGGAGGAUGACCAUUUUCAUCGACGACAUAAAUAUGCCAGCCAUAAACGAGUGGGGCGAUCAGAUUACGAACGAAGUCGUGCGUCAGCUGAUGGAAUACGGCGGAUUUUACUCGUUGGACAAGCCGGGGGAUUUCAGCACCAUGCAAGACAUCAUGUUCCUCGCGGCGAUGAUUCACCCGGGUGGAGGGCGCAACGACAUUCCGGCGCGAUUGAAACGGCAGUUCAAUAUCUUUAAUUGCACUCUACCGUCCAAUAAAUCGAUGGACACGAUUUUCAGUGCGAUCGGCCAAGGCUACUUUUGCGACGCGAGAUUCUCCGAGAGCAUCGUCGAAUUCUUACCGAAGCUCAUACCGCUGACUCGAUUACUGUGGCAGCAAACCAAAGUGAAGAUGUUACCGACCCCGGCAAAGUUUCACUACGUUUUCAACUUGCGCGAUCUAUCGCGUAUUUGGGAGGGAAUAUUGAGGAUAGAGAGGGCCGAGUGCGAGUCUAUAACGAGCCUGCUGAAAUUGUGGGAGCACGAGUGCACGCGUGUCAUAGCGGAUCGCUUCAUCACCGCCAGCGAAAGAGAGUGGUUUCAAAAUUCGCUAAGGCGCUCCGCGGAGAAGAUGCUGGGCCCAGACUUUGAACAUUAUUCUCCGGUCGAGACGUACUUCGUCAACUUUCUGCGCGAACCGCCGGAGCCGACAGGUGACGAGCCGGAAGAUUUCGUAUUCGAGACACCUAAGAUUUACGAAGAGAUACCAAGUUACGAGAUCGUUAUCGCCAAAGUCCAGCAAAAUAUGGAGCAGUUUAAUGAAUAUAUACGCGGCAUGCGUCUCGAUCUGGUCUUUUUCCACGACGCUCUGGUGCACUUGAUACGAAUAUCGAGAAUACUCGGAGUUCCCAGAGGCAAUGCGAUGCUCGUGGGAGUGGGAGGAUCUGGCAAGCAGACCAGCUUGAUGGACGAUUUACGGAAAUUGUAUCGCAUGGCCGGCACGGGGAGUAAAGGUCUCACUUUUAUUUUCACCGACAACGAGAUAAAGGACGAGGCGUUUUUGGAAUAUAUUAACAACGUGUUGAGCGUCGGCGAAAUUGCCAAUCUCUUCCCGAAGGACGAGUUGGACGACAUUCUGACGAUCGUCACACCGCUAAUGAAAAAGGACGAUCCUCGACGUCCUCCGACUCAGGACAAUCUUUACGCUUAUUUCAUAUCGCGAGCGAGAAAUAACUUGCACAUGGUUCUGUGUUUCUCGCCAGUUGGUGAAAAGUUUCGAUCUCGGGCAUUAAAAUUUCCCGGUCUUAUAUCUGGUUGUACGCUAAAUUGGUUCUCACGAUGGCCCAGGGAUGCAUUGUACGCGGUCGGUGAACAUUUCUUAGGAAAAUACAAAGUUAUAUGCAGCCUGGAAGUAAAACGGCAAUUAAUGCAAGUUGUGGGCGAUAUUCAAGAUGACGUGAAUGACACUUGUACGGAAUAUUUCGAUAGGUUCCGGCGUCAAGUGUACGUCACUCCAAGAUCGUUUCUAACGUUUAUCGACAGCUAUAAAAUACUCUAUAAGCAGCAUUUGGAUAACAUUAAUACACUCUCAACUAAUAUGAGCAACGGUUUAAACAAAUUGACCGAUGCCGCUGCUCAAGUCGACUUAUUACGAAAAGAAUUAGAAAGAAAUCAAGAGGAGAUCGUGAUGAAGAACAUUCGAGUAGAGGCGAUUUUAGUCGAUAUUAACGAGAAAAAGAGAGAAGCCGAGCACGUGAAAGCAAAGGUGCAAGUGUCGAAAGAUGAAGCGGAAGCGAUUCUGAAAGUGAUAGCGAAAGAAAAGAUGAUAGCGGAGCAAAAGUUGAAAGCCGCGGAGCCUGCCUUAUUAGAAGCUGAAGCUGCGUUACAAACUAUCAAAGCAGUAGACAUUGCCACUGUUCGCAAAUUGAGUAAACCGCCGUAUUUAAUUAUGCUCAUAAUGGACUGUGUCCUGAUCCUAUUCGGGAGGAAGCUGGAACCGGUCAAGCCCGAUUAUGAGCAUCAGUUCUUGACGGCCUCGUGGUCGGAAGCGCUGAAGGUCAUGGCUGAUACUAGAUUUUUAUAUAAUUUACAACAUUUUCCAAAGGAUAACAUUAAUGGUGAAACUGUUGACUUGAUGUUACCGUACUUAAAUUUUCACAUGUACACUUACGAAGCUGCGAAGCAAGCCUGCGGGAACGUGGCGGGUCUCAUACAGUGGACUAUCUCUAUGGUUACUUUUUAUGGAAUAAAUAAAGAUGUGCUACCUCUAAAGGCGAACCUUCUCUUUCAAGAGAGUAAGUACGAUAAAGCUAACAGAAAUUUAGUCGAAGCGGAAAGUGUACUGAAAGAGAAGGACGACGAUUUGAAGUUAGUGCAGGCUGAAUUCGACGCUGUGAUGCAGGAACGACAAAUAAUUAUCGAUCAAGCUGCGGUAUGUCAAGCGAAAAUGGAUAUCGCGAGCGCUAUGAUCGAAGGAUUAUCUGGAGAAAAAAUUAGGUGGACCGAACAAGUAGCUACGUUCAAGUCGGAAAUAGACCGCCUUGUCGGAGAUAUGUUGGUGUUAACUGCAUUUCUUUCUUAUUGCGGGCCCUUCAAUCAGGAAUUCCGAGUUCUUCUGCAAAGCAAGUGGUUUGACUUUAUACAGCAAAGAAAAAUCCCGAUCUCUGUCGUCAUAAAUAUCGUUGGUGCAUUGACUGAUACGGCUACGAUCGGUGACUGGAACUUGCAAGGAUUGCCGACCGACGAACUGUCAAUUCAGAAUGGCAUAAUCGUGACGAAAGCGUUGAGAUAUCCCCUCUUGAUUGAUCCACAAUUGCAAGGCAAAGCGUGGAUUAAAAAUAAGGAGAAAGAUUUCUCUUUACAGAUAACAUGGUUUACGCAUAAGUACUUCAGAAAUCAUUUAGAAGAUUCUAUAUCGCUAGGACGACCGUUGCUGAUACAAGAUGUAGGGGAAGACAUAGAUCCAGUGUUGGAUAAUUUACUGGACAAAAAUUUUAUAAAAAUAGGAACUGCCUUGAAGGUGAAAUUAGGCGACAAAGAAGUGGACGUCAGCAAAGAUUUCAGACUUUACAUCACAACAAAGCUAUCGAAUCCUUUUUACACUCCAGAAAUAUUUGCUCGUACAUCUAUAAUCGAUUUCACUGUUACGAUGAAAGGUUUAGAGGAUCAACUUUUAGGAAGAGUCAUCUUAACUGAAAGGAAGGAGCUGGAAACGGAGAAAACGCAACUAAUUGCCGAUGUAGCAGCAAACAACAGAAAGAUUAAAGAACUGGAAGCAAAUCUUCUGCAUAAAUUGGCAACCGUACAAGGUCCUUUGAUAGAAGAUCUUGAAUUAAUGUCGGUAUUAAAUACCACAAAGCAGACAGCAGCGGAAGUGAACGAAAAACUGAGUACCGCGAAGGACACCGAGUUGAAGAUCGACACAGCGCGUGAGGAAUUCCGGCCGGUCGCAACGCGCGGUAGCGUUUUGUAUUUUUUGAUAUGCGACAUGCCGCGUGUCAACUGUAUGUAUCAAACAUCACUCGCCCAGUUCUUAGAGCGAUUCGAUAUCUCCAUGAUCAGAUCCGAGAAGAGCCCGAUCAAUCAAAGAAGAAUUAGUUAUAUCAUCGAAUACCUGACAUAUGAGAUAUUCAAAUACAAAUCGCGCGGUCUUUACGAGAUACACAAGUACAUGUUCAUUCUGUUGAUGACGCUAAAGAUCGAUCUGCAACGCGGCAACAUCACGCACGAAGAAUUCCAGUAUUUCGUUAAAGGCGGCGCGGCGCUUGAUUUAAAGACGGUCGAGCCGAAACCUUGCAAAUGGAUCACGGAUGUGACGUGGCUUAAUCUAGUGGCACUCUCGUCAUUACGACAGUUCCAGUAUAUCGUGUCUCAAGUACCCGCCUCCGAGAAACUUUGGAAGCAUUGGUUCGACAAAGAGGCGCCGGAGGAGGAAGUUAUACCGGACGGCUACAACACUUUGGACACGUUUCGUCGAUUGCUCUUAAUAAGAGCUUGGUGUAUGGACAGGACGCUGUCGCAAUCUAGAAAAUAUAUAGCGUCUUCUCUGGGCGCAAGGUAUGCCGAGCCCGUAAUCACGCUCUUGGACGUGAUGCAUAGCGAGUCGAGGCCGAAUACACCGAUGAUCUGUUUCUUAAGCAUGGGAUCGGACCCCACACCCAGUAUCGAGCAGCUCGCGAAAAGAAUGGAGAUCGUUUGUAAGAGCAUAUCGAUGGGACAGGGUCAAGAAGUUCAUGCUCGUCGACUACUCAGUAGCGCGAAAACUGAGGGUUUCUGGGCUCUGUGCCAAAACUGUCACUUAGGCUUGGAGUACAUGACGGAAUUAGCGAACUUCAUCUUGGAAAUGGAAGCACCUCAUCCGAAUUUCCGCGUCUGGAUCACGACGGAACCGCACAAGGAUUUUCCUGUCUCCUUGCUGCAAAUGUCCAUAAAGUACACAUACGAAGCUCCGCAAGGGAUACGCGCAGGUUUAAUGGCGACGUACAGCGGCAUGAAUCAGGAAAUGCUGGAUCAGUGCGACGUCGUGCAAUACAUACCGCUAAUAUACACUGUGUCUUUCCUGCACACCGUCGUUCAGGAGAGACGAAAAUUCGGUCCUCUGGGAUGGAAUAUACCGUACGAAUUUAAUUUGGCGGAUUGGCUGGCGUCCUGCAUGUUCAUAAAUAAUCACUUGAACGAUUUCGAUCCGAAGCGCGGGAUAAGUUGGCAGACAGUACGUUACAUGAUAGGCGAGGUGCAAUACGGCGGUCGCGUUACCGACGACUACGAUAAGAGACUGUUGAAUACAUUCGCGAAAGUGUGGUUCGCGGACGCGCUUUUCGCGGAAGGUUUCGUCUUCCAUAAGAGUUAUCCGCUCUUGAUAUUUAAACAAGUGAGCGACUAUUUGAAGGCGAUAGACGCCAUGAGCACCGUAGAUCCGCCGCAAGUGUACGGUCUGCAUUCGAAUGCGGAUAUCACAUACCAGAGUAACACCACGCAGACGGUGCUGGAUAUGAUAAUAUCCGUGCAACCGAAAGAAGCAGGCGUCACUGGUGCGGAAUCCCGAGAAGUGGUUGUCACGAGACAAGCGAAGGAGAUGUUGGAGAAAGUCCCACAGACGUACGACAUGUUUGAAGUGAAGGCCAGAUUACACGCGAUGGGACACACCGCUCCGAUGAAUAUUUUCCUGAAACAAGAGAUCGAUACAAUACAAGUGGUUAUAAAAUUAGUGCGCGUCUCGUUGAGGGAUCUUCUUCUGGCUAUAGAAGGUGUAAUUAUAAUGUGUGAAGAACUGCGGGACAUGCUCGACAGUAUAUAUGACGCCAGAAUACCGAAGACAUGGAAAGCGCGAUCGUGGGAAUCGGCUUCGUUGGGUUUUUGGUUCACGGAAUUGUUAGAGCGAAACCAACAACUCUCGAUUUGGUUAUCGAGCGGGAGACCAGCGAAAUUUUGGAUGACUGGAUUCUUCAGUCCGCAAGGAUUUUUGACGGCGAUGAAGCAAGAGAUAACGCGAGCUCGGAAAGGUUGGUCCUUGGACAACGUUACACUUCACAAUGAAGUUUUACGUAAUAUGGCAGAGGAAGUCAAGGUGUCGCCUUCCGAAGGUGUUUACGUAUUCGGAUUAUUUUUGGAAGGUGCCGGGUGGGACAGAAGAAAUAACCGUUUGUGCGAAUCGGCAAAUAAAGUGCUCUACGUGCUGAUGCCAGUCAUACAUAUUUUUGCUUUGUACAACUCCUCGGAAAAGAGCCCAAAAUUGUAUCAAUGUCCCGUAUAUAAGAAACCUAAGAGGACUUAUAUGUUGUUAAUAACACCACUUUGGCUGCAGACUCUAAAAAGUCCUGAACACUGGAUACUGCGCGGCGUGGCGCUUUUGUGUGAUAAUAAAUAA